AGAAGUCAGUUGAGAGAGCUGUGUCGUAGCUGCCAGAACACCGCACCGGUAGUGUGCUCACACUCCGAGACGGACUUUUUAACAGCCCAGGGUUUUUUAGACUGUGUCGUUCUUCAGUCUUCAGGCCCUGAUAUAUAUAUAUAUAUAUAUAUAAUAUUUAUAUAUUUUUACUCACUCACUCAGAUCUCCUCUCUGAUCGUCGCCACUUGUCUCAUAAAGUGAAUAUAAAAGUUUUUUCUGUGAUAUUCUAACUGUGAUUGUCAAAAAUGGCACCAGUGCCAGAGGAGUGCCUCGUGAUGGUGCCUCAACAGAAUCAGCCGGAGGAGGUCACGAUGCCGGAGUUACCUGUCACCGACACAGCUGCUGUAGUGACUACAACAACAGUUGUCGAGAUACAGCAGCAGCAGCAGCAGCAGCAGCAGCAGCAGCCUCAGAGAAGACACAAUGCCGUAGCGCAAGACAGCCUGCCAGCGGAGAUGAUGACGAAAUUGGAAAGGCAGAAUUCCUGUGACAGUGUCGGCAGUCUGGACGAAGAGGGCAUUCAAGUCGACGCUGCCCCGGACGGACAAGACGGUUCCGACAGCCAUGACUCUUCCGAAUUGGAACCCAGGUCAGAGCGGUCGUCGAGUGUCGUGUCUGACGGGAGCGAAGAAGGAGGGCGGGACUCGGGCAUCGAGGCUGAACGGGAGCCUGACAUGAUCAUACCUGACGACGACCUCAUGACCCGCAUCGUGGCACAGGUCGAGUUCUACUUCAGUGACGCCAACGUUGCCAAGGACAAGUUCCUCUUGAAACACAUCCGUCGCAACAAGGAAGGGUACGUCUCCCUCAAGUUGGUCUCUUCCUUCAAAAAGGUCAAACAGCUGACGAAGGACUGGCGUGUCGUUGCCUUCUCCCUUAACAAAAUCUCCACUAAGAUUCAGAUCAACGACGUUGGAACUAAAAUCAGGCGAGUAGAGCCUCUCCCAGAUCUUGAAGAAGUGCCUGUCACGUGCGCCGUGUUGGCCCUGUCUCUGCCCCUUGAGAAACCCAGCAUCCAGUCCGUGUCACAGCUGUUUUCUUCCUGCGGGGAAAUCGCUCUCAUUCGCGUCGUCAGAGCAGGCACUACCAUCCCACAGGAUCUCAAGUCCUUGGCUGCUAAGCACCCAUCUCUGAACGAUACCCAUUGUGCUUGGAUAGAGUUCGAAUCCCCCGAAGCCGCCAAGGCAGCCACUGAAUUAACGAAUGAAGAUGGCAUGAAGGUCAUUCCCAUCCUGCCGGAGGCACAGAAGAAGCAAGAGAAACCCACCCAGCAACAAAAGUCCCAGCCCAACAGCCGUAAGAAUAGCAUGGUCAAUAAUAACAACAACAACAAUCUGCAGAGGGGACAGGGCAGUCGCAAGAACAGCAACGCGAACAUCAAGACCGGCCGGAAGGACAGCAUCAGCGGUUCCGACGGAGAGAACGUCAUUCAACAGCGCCCCCCCAGACGCAAGUGCAUCUCUCUGCCACAGACGCAGUGCCCCAACCUGAGAGAAAUUUCCGCCGUCGUGGAGGCUCGCAAGAACCGUCCCAAGAGCAAGUCCUGUACAGAGUUCCCCACAGGGUCUCCUCCAACUUCAUGGGUGCAGCGACAUCUGCUGGCUGCUGCCGCAGCAUCUGCAGCGUCUGCCGCCUCUCCCACAGGAGCUACCAGGCCUCCCUUGGCGAGACCUAACAGGAUCUCUCAUGGUUCUCUUCCCUUACCAGAUGGCGUGCUCAGGUUCCCCAAAGGUCCCGAUGGUUCCAAAGGAUUCAGCGCAGAGGCCAGACGAGGCAUCCUAAGCAGCGUGAAGGAAAUCACCACCGCCACCAGCAGUUAAUCCGGGGCUGUCAUUCACACUCGGAUGUCUUGUCUUUCUGUAGCCCCUAAGACAUCGUCCCUUAGUUGUAAGACGUCAAAGGGGGUUCCAAACCGUCUGCAAUUCGACGUUGUCUCCUCUGAAGAGACAGAGAGAGAGAGAAAAAAGAAUCUUAUGAUGGAAGAGGAUUUGUCAAUCUCCUUCGGAAGAAGAUGAUGAUAUUGUCUCCUUCGACUUGAUGUAAAAAGGAUAGAAGAAGGAAGGGAAUUUCCUUACUUUCUCCUACUCCUCCUCCUCCUCCUCCUACUCUCCAUUCUCCUCUCCUCUUUUAUUAUUAUAUAUUUUUUUUUUUGCCGGGUGUCUCGUCUUGGGCACGCUACCGGCUACGACGCACCCCCUCCCUUUCAUAACAAAUUACCUUCUCCUAAGAACCUUUUCCUUUCUGAUAAAUAAAAAAAAAAGUGUUUCGCUUGUUCUUACACAUGUGACGUCAUCUGCACGUCUAAAGCUGAACAGGUGUACACUACGAACCUUUUUUUUUUAACUACAAAAAAAAGGAAUAUUAUACUAAUCGAAACCCUUUUUUUUUAACAAGUGCACAUCUAUAAUCUAGGGCAUAUAAUGUGUACUCUUCUUCUGUUCAUGGGAUGAUAAUUACGUGCCUUUUAGUAGCUUAAUUAAGUGCACUUUUCAGAAAUAAAAAUCCUUUCCAUAUUCAUCCUGCCAGCAACACCUGCCCUUAUCUCCUUACCUUCUCUUUCUUCCCUUUGAAGAUAUGGUUCUCUACUCUAUGAUUUAAAAAGAGAUGUAAAUUUCUCACUUUUUCAUAAAAAAAAUUUUUCUGAAAAACAUUUUUUAUAUAACAAUAAAUUGUUAUCAAAAGCGAAUCCCCCUCCGAUACUUAAUAGAUUUUAUAUUCUAAAUAUAAAUAUUUAUAUAUAAAUAUAUAUAUAUUUCUGCACCAAGGCUGCGCUAUAAUUGUACAUUGUACAUAUUGUACAGGAACGGUGUUGGGACCUGGAUAUAAAAAUUGGUGGAUUGUCCUUUCACUUUUUUCGUGUUUCUUUGUCUACAUUAACUUAUUUUUUACCGCAUCAUAUUAGUUUUGUAUAUACGCAUUAUUUAUAUGAAUCUAUGUAAAUAUUGUCUUCUAUCAUUAUUUAUUUAUAUGAACUAGACUUAAGAAAUGACGAAAUAGAUUACAUUUUUGUAGAAA